CGCGGGCACAGAGAGACCAGCAUAGCAAUGUCUCUACCAACACGGCACAACACAAGACAGACAAGACAGCAUGACACGGUGGUCGUCAGCUUUGGUUGACGAUCCUGAGGGCGUCUUGCAGUGCCUUCGUAUACGAAUUCAGCGCACCCACUAUCUCGUCGUCGGCAGACUCGCGCGUCUGCACCCACACACAAACCCCUUUUUAAAGCCUCACAGUCGCAGAACUAACUCCACCACCGGACCCACCUCACCUGGCUUUCGACGACCAUAGAGUUUCUAAGUGCCGACAUCUCCUCCAGCACAAAGUUUUGGAACUUUUCGUCGCCCUUGAGUCGGUCCUUCUUGACAUCCUUGAGGGCCUCUCUCAGUGUGUGAUAGUGCUGCUCCCGCACACUCUGCAGAUGGCGGACGCACCAGGGAGCAGAGCGAGGAGAGAGAGACACACAAAUACUUAAAUGUGUGGAGGGGUGUCUGGUCUGCGUCUCGUCGUUUCUUCUCUCGUUGGUACUGACUUUGUCUUGGUCCAUCUGUGCCUCGGUGUUGUACUCGAGGUCCCCUAUCCUCUUGGCAAAGACCGCCUCCCUCUCCUGACGCGAUGACCGCUCGCUCUCAAAGACGUUCUGACGAUCGAGUGCCGGACAAACCAAUCCAAACACACCUCUGCAUGUGUGUGUGCGUGUGUGUGUGUGUGUGUGUGUGCAGCACAGCAUACCUACCUACCUUCAGAUCAGCGAGGUCCUUUGCCACCGUGGAGUUCUGCUGCUGCACGGCGCUGUCGUACUUUUCCUUCUCUUCGGUGAGGUCCCUCUCGACGGUGGUGACCCUGUUGCCCAGCUCUUCGAUGGACCGGUGCAGCGCAUCCGUCCUCUCUGAUAUGACCGACCGCAGCUGGUCCUCCACCGCCUUAAGCUGGCUUUCAAACAGCUGCGUCAGUCAGCAGCCAACAAACAAGCAGACAGACAAACAUCCAGUCCCCGUCUGAGUGUGUGUCCGCCUGUCUGUCUGUGACUGUCUGUCUGCCACACACACACAGACACACACAGACCUACCUGUUGCAUGGCCUUGUUUGACUCGACUCUCCUUUUGAUCUCGGCGUUGAGGGUCUUCUCAAGCUUUGCAAUCCCUUCCUUGAGCGUGGUCAGUCGGCUCUCUUCCGUCUCCCUCCGCUGCUUCGUCUCAGCCUCAAGCUGCUUCUCGAACCCGCUGAACCGGUCCUGCAGCACCGCCAGGCGGGACUUGGUGGACGGGCUGCCCGCCGUCUGAUCCAGGGGCACCGCCAUGCUCGUUGAGAGAAGCAGAGAGGGAAGGUUAAGGGGCGGGCGGGGGCGGGGCUUGGCUGCGGAGACGGUGGCCUUUGCUGUGCUGGCGCUCUGCUGUUGUGCUGGCUGAAGGCGAGGCUCUGCCUUGUGGCUUUCGCUCUGGAAACGAAGAAAUGCGAGCUCCCGUGUUGGGGCCCCAAGAGAUGCGAUCUACUACCUUAUACCGCUCACCUGGUGCUUUCGUGCUCCUGAAUCUGGCGCAGAUUCACCUUUUCGACACGCCCCACCAGCUGAAAGAGUGCCGUCUCCAUCUUUGCCGUCUCCAUUCACCGCUUGCGUCCCAAUCGUUCUGUCGGCCAGAUUGUCGUUGGAUAUAUCGGAGUCAGGUGGCAGGCUAGACGCUACAGGGGACCCCAGGGAGUUGUUGAACGUGUUGGCUCGCCCCUUUUCGCCAUUGCCAUCUUCAGCGUCUGCCAGUGCUUCUGCUGGGGGCUCUCCGUCUCCUUCGAGGUCCCGUGUGAGGGCGGUGUGUAGUCGGAUGUAGUCGUGUAAUGGCAACGCAUAGGAGGCGGGGAUGAGGCCAGCAGUGUCUCCACUCAUGCCAUGGCCCCCACCACCUCGUUCUCUCUCCUCAUAGACAUUCGCCUUGAGCCACACGGCUUCAUCAUCACCUGAAGAGAAGCCGAUGGUGUCGUGUACUUGGAUCAUUUGGCCCUCCUGGACGGUCAGGGGCGGCAGUGAGGCAGUCCAGUUGGUUGACACAAGGGGCGGAGGGAAGUCAAACGCGGCGACCAUCAGUACCUUGCCUCCUGCAGUGGCAGAGAGCGACAUGCC